GCUAGCUCUGCUUUGGGCAAAGGACUCGCAUCGCUGCGCGUAAGCUCGCUAGCAGCAGCAGUCUACCACAAAAGCAUCGCUGCGACCAUCGCUACGCCUAUUUCGACAGAUUCGGCAAAAUACGUACUGAGCAGUGAAAACCCAGCGAUGGCAGCCAAGGUCCGAAUCGGCGCCGAGCUCUUCUGCGCCGCAGACUUGCGGCAAGCCCUCGACGCCGCCCGGCAGGACGGCCUGGACUUCGCGUGCUCGCCCCUGUCGCACCCGCGGAACGCGCGCGACGCGCGGGGCGUCAGCGAGCGGCGCGCGGCGCCGGAGACGCGGUCGGACCUCGCGCUCACGUGCGGCGAGUGGUCGCGGCUCAUCGUCGGCACGGCGAGCGCGUGGCCCCGCCUCGACGCAAGUUGCGCGCAGCAGCGGCGCGACGGCGAGGCGGCGCUGACGCGCGAGCUCGAGUGGGCCUCGCACCUGUCGCUGGCGGCCGUGCUGCUGCCGCCGCUGCCGGCCGACGUCUAUCCGGUGGCGCGCCGGCUCCAGGAGACUUUUCAGAGAGCGACGUCGUGGCAGGCGUGGGUGCGCUGCCGCCUCGUGUCGCGCGAGGAGGAGGCGAGGCGGCGCGAGGACCCAAGUUCAACUGGAGACGUCGCCGACCCGUGGCUGCGCUGGGACCGCGUGCGGCGGCUCUGCGACCACUCGGCGGCGCUCUGCGUCGCCCUCGAGCUGACGGAGACGCUCCCGUCCGUGGACGCGGCGCGGCGCUGGCGCGGCGAGCCGCUGAAGUGCGUGCUCGUGCCGUACGCCUUGUUUAGGACGAACGAGGCGGGUUUCCCUGUGCUACCGAAGGCGCACCAGGACCUGCUCGCGUCACUAGCAAAGCUCGAGCCGCAGCUCUGCCUGACUGGGGUUCCUACACAUCCACGUCAAAGUUACGUUUCCUACCUGCGCCACCUCAUAGCGAGUAGGGCGCCGGUCAUGGACGAGGCGGCCAUCGCCGAGCGGCCGUACCGCGACUACCUGCAGGCGCCGCUCCAGCCCUUGGCCGACAAUUUGGAGGCCAACACCUACGAGACCUUUGAGCGGGACCCCGUGAAGUACGCGCGCUACGAGGAGGCGGUCAAGAAGUUUCUCGGAGAGAGGACGAGCGCGGUCGUCGUCGUCGCGGGCGCGGGCCGCGGGCCCCUCGUCGCGGCUGUGUUAAGAGCCGCCUCGGAUCGAUGUAAUGUGAAGGUGCACGCCGUCGAGAAGAACGCCAACGCCAUCGUGACGCUGCGGCACCGCGCCUCGACGGAAGACGCGUGGCGCGGCCGCGUCGAGGUGCACCAGUCGGACAUGCGGCGCUGGGCACCGCCCUGUCCCAUCGACUGCGUCGUGUCCGAACUCUUAGGGUCCUUCGGCGACAACGAGCUCUCGCCGGAAUGCUUGGAGCCUGUGGAAAGGUGGACGUCCACGUCGAUCCCGCAGAACUACGAGUCUUUUUUACAACCUAUAUCAUGUGCAAGACUCUGGUUCGACGCGCGGCGCGCGAACACGGGCCUGCCCGCCGGGCCGCCGGCCGUGGGCGCCUGCAUCGGCGCGCCGCCCCCAGAUAGAGGCCUCGAGACGCCGUUCGUCGUCAAGCUCCACAACUUCGCGCCCCUGUCGGCCGUGCAGCCGGCCUUCCGCUUCGACCACCCGGCCUCGGAGAAGUCGCUCGAAAGGUACUGCGCGCUGGAGUUCCCUGUAGCGGUGGACUGCACGGUGCACGGCCUCGCGGGGUACUUCGAGUCGGAGCUCUACGACGGCGUCAUGAUCUCGAUCAACCCGGCGACGUUCUCGACGGGCAUGUUCUCGUGGUUCCCGCUGUUCUUACCCUUCUCGCGGCCGGUCUUCGUGGCCGCGGGGUCGAGCCUCGAGGUGCGGCUCUGGCGGCGGCGCGAGGGCGACCGCGUCUGGUACGAGUGGGCCGUCGUGGGGCCCGACGUGCUGCCCGUGCACAACCCGGGCGGGCGGAGCUGCGCGAUGCGGCUGUAGUGGUAACUGGUUCAAGUCUUUUUCAACUUGGCAAGUUCUAACUCCGGACGUUUUUAAACAACACACUAUGGUAGGGCCAGGCCCCCGAGCGCCACAUACAGCGCCGCUAACGCGUGGCCUGAACCCACUCGGGAUAGGUCCACGAGAGGUAGGUCUGCGACACGGUCCCCGGUAGCAAAGCCCGGGCUGCCGCGACACCGUCUUCGCAGUAAGCUCUCCGGACUGCAUCGCGCUCACGGUCGAGCUGGGCGCGCUGCUCGGGCGUGGGCAUGCGGCGCAGACUCGCGGGCCGAUUCGGCGCCUGGGCCAGGACUUCCCGCAGGGCACGGGUGGCUUCGACGAAUUCCCUAAGCUCGGGCGCGGGGGCCUCGCCCCGGAUCUCGGCCAGGGCCGCAUCGACGAGCCAGUCUCCCGAAACUGCCUCGAGCGGCUUGGCAAAGCCUGGUCGCGGAUCGAGCAGGGCCAAAAAGCUUGCCCAGACGGUCUCCACCCACCAAGGGCCCCGAAUCAGGUCGGUGAUCAGCGCCUCGUCGAGCACUCGUAGGCUCAGCAGACAGGCGUAGUGCCACUGAAGCGGCGCGAUCCGCAAGCUCGGGUAGUCGCGCAGCGCCCCGACGCAGUCCCGGCCGAGCUCUAGCUGGCGCGCAACGAAGCGCCGCGCCCCGCGAGCAUUAUACAGGGGCGUGAAGCGACCUUGCGUGACGCAACCCUGCUUGACGAGGUAGACCAGGUCGUCGUAAUAGUAGGUCGGCGCCAAGCUAGAUCCG